AUGCCUCCAAAAAGGAGUAGGAAGACGAGUGUGGCAUCUCCACCGGCGGAAUCCGACAACGACGGAUCUGAAUAUCAAGGGAGCGACGUGUCCAUGGCAGACAUUAACGAUGCAACCCUAGACGACCAACCCGAGGCUUCUGCCAACAAACCGGCAAACAACGCUCCAAAUCCCACCACCAGGCGAGCAAACAAGAAGAAGCCCAAGCGAAGGCCUGCCAAUGAGCAAGAGUUUGGCUACGGUCAGCUGCACCAAGAGUUCGCAGCCUUCAGACGUCUCUUCCAAGUGUUCUUGGAUCGUACCAUGCCGCAGGACGAUGGCAGCACCGCCAUGGAUGUUGCCAUGAAGCCGCUCUCGAGCCGCAGGCCAGAUUGCGUUGUCAAGACAUCUUUUGAGCCAGCUGAAUCCCGGAAAACGUUUACCGGCUACUACACCGAGUGGAUGAAAGCCUUGAAGCAGCUUGACAACGUCUAUCACCAAGUCAGAGAGAUCUUUGUGUACGACGAUUACGUCAACUUUACCUUCAAAACCCCAGACGCUGCCAAAAGUUUCACGCCUAACAAGGAGGAUAUGUUCAAGGCGCUUGGUAGUAAUAUGCCAGUCAGUUGCUUCCAGCGGGCCGAUGAGCACUACUACGUGGAGCUCUUCUUUCGUGGUCGCGAUUUCCGCCAUACCCACGCCACUGACGCCAAGAAGAUGCUCGCCGAGUUGGGGCUGGAUUCCGACAAGUUCUCGGUGAUGUUCAGCGAAAAACGCCAAAGGUUUAUUGCCAAGUUCACAGACAUGGCAGAGGCCGAUAGGCUGCUUGAAAUGUACGAAAACGAAGGUGGAACUCAAGGCGAAGGGCUUCUGAUCGAUUACUCGUACGCUCACUUACGGCCUAUCGAUAUCCGAUCGGUGGGGAUGAAUUGCUUCCACUGUAAAAAGGCUGGCCACAUGAUGAAGCGCUGCCCAGACAAGGAUGAAGACCCCACGUGUGGAUGGUGUGGCGAUCGGGGCCACGGCCAGCACGCCUGCACGUCGACGGUCCCCCGGUGUGCUGCCUGCAAGGAGGAGCAUUGCACGCAGUCUGUCAAUUGCAUGGAUCGGAAUCGCCGACUGCAUCUGCGUGCUUGCGCCAAGUUUGGUCCGCCAGCGUGGCCAUCCUAUGCAAGGUUUCUACGACCUCAUGGGAGGCGAGAUGAACAGUCUCGCGACGUUGACUCUGGUUCUUCUGGGUCUGCCGGUGCCUCUGGGUCUGGUGCUACCUCUGAGCCUGCUGCCACGUCUGAGCCUGCUGCUGCCUCUGAAUUUGCUGCUACCUCUGAGCCUGCUGCUGCUGCCUCUGAGCCUGCUGCUGCUGCCUCUGAGCCUGCUGCCACGUCUGAGCCUGCUGCUGCCUCUGAAUUUGCUGCUACCUCUGAGCCUGCUGCUGCUGCCUCUGGGUCUGGUGCUACCUCUGAGCCUGCUACUGCCUCUGAAUUUGCUGCUACCUCUGGGUCUGCAUCUUCCCGAGGCAAAAGGAAGCGUGUCCAACAGGCUGACUCUCGGGACAACGCAACUCCGUCUUGCGGCAGUGAGCCAACGGCAACUGCAUCCGGUAGCGCCGAAGGCUCACGCACACGGGGGCAGUUGAAGAAUACCGCUGGCGCCUCUGAGAAGAAGCAGAAAGAGCCUCCGAAGGCACCGGACCCGGACUUUUUAGAUCCAAGUCGGUUAGACCGUAUGGUCGACAACCGCAAGCGUCACAAGGGACGCGGCCGCAAAUGA